CCAUGUUGGAGCAGCCUAUCCAGCCCGGCGCUCAACGCUUUGAGACGCUACAGCUCCAUGCAGGGUAGGUACUUCAAGUUUGCUUACAAUUUCUACUGUUGAACAAAGCUAAUAGAGAUAUCUACAGGCGCUUUCCGGAUGCCCUAAACAGCUGUGCCACCCCUAUCUACACUUCAGCGGUUGGUAGAACCUCCGUCAAUUUGGCGUGCGAAGACUGAUAAAGUCCCACAGGCUUUUUCUUUCAACAACUCGGAGCAUGGCGUCCGGCUACUUGAACUCAGCGAAUUUGGAAACAUCUACAGCCGUAUCACGAAUCCCACGGUCAGCGUCUUCCAGAACCGCAUGGCUGCUUUAGAAGGUGGUGUAGCAGCAUGCGCCACGGCCUCUGGUACAGCGGCUGUCUCGAUGACGCUCAUGGCUCUUGCUGGCCUUGGCGAUAACAUCGUUGCCUCUUCGACAGUACAUGGCGGUACAUUUCACCAGUUCAAGGUCCUAGCACCACAGCUUGGAAUUGAAUGCCGCUUCGUGUCGUCCAACGAUCCGGAAGAAUUCCGCGCGCAGAUCGAUAGCCGAACGAAGUUUCUUUUUGUCGAGAGCAUCAGUAACCCGAAGUACGAGGUUCCGGAUUUCGAGGCCCUGGCAGAGAUCGCACAUAGUAAUGGAAUUGUGCUGAUUUGCGACAACACUUUCGGAUGUGCAGGGUACUUCUGUCGUCCGAUCGAUCACGGCGUGGAUAUCGUGCUGCACUCAGCCACGAAAUGGAUCGGAGGUCACGGAACCACCCUCGGCGGUGUUAUCGUCGAUGCCGGUAACUUCGACUGGGGCCAGCAUCGAGACAAAUACCCUCAGUUCCACGCGGACGGUGCCUCAGAAGGAAGCGGCGAAGUCAGCCUGUGGAAGCAGUUCGGUCGACGCGCAUUCGCCAUACGGUGUCAGUUCGAGGUUCUACGAGACCUUGGCGGCACACUCAGCCCGCAGGCUGCUCAACAGUUGCUGAUCGGACUGGAAUCGCUAGCUGUGCGAUGCGAUCGGCACGCCUCAAACACGGAGGCUCUUGCCCAGUGGCUUGCUGAGCAACCGCAGGUCUCGUGGGUGCGUCAUCUAGGCCAGGAAGACCAUCCUUGCCACCGCAAUGCAAAUCGGUACCUGCAGCGCGGGUACGGGGCUGUGUUCAGCUUCGGUAUAAAAGGUGGCAAACAGGCGGGAUUUCGACUCUGUGAUAACUUGGAGAUGGUUAUCAACACGACCAAGUUCGUAUUAUUGCCUCCUAGAUGUCCCUGGUCGUUCUAUGCUGACGGCGUCACUAGCCUGGGAGAUUCCAAGACCCUCGUCGUCCAUCCGUGGACCACAACGCACCAGCAACUCACCGACGCGGAAAGAUUUGCUGCCGGAGUAACGGAAGACCAUAUUCGUCUCUCCGUUGGUAUCGAGCAUAUUGAAGAUAUCAAGGACGACUUUCGGCAGGCAUUUGCGGCGUUGGAUAAGCCAGCCACUGAAAGCCAAGCGGCGAUCCUGCAUUAUAAAGAGCAGAAGGAGAUUAUUCGAUCCUUGUAUGGGACGCUAGAUAGUGCUCCAGAGCAGCCUCAAGUUAAACAGACUGAGACAAAUGGGGUUCACUGACUUCUUUGUUGGGAUGGAUGGAAAUGAUGAAUGGGUCUGGCGGAGAGAACUGAUUAUGUUUUGUAGCCGCUGGGGUGUAACAGCCAAGAUAUGGCCUGUGUAUAGAACACCAUGAAAGGCCUCUAUUCUUCCUACAGCCAAUCAACCUAGUUCUUACAUUAAAUCAAGACAUCCAUUUCAUUACUUUUGUGGUCGAAUUUGAUUACCGAGAGCGCUAUCUGGCACUCUUGGGUUGUUGUUGACAUGUGCACUAUAUAUUUUCAUGUAUCGAUACUGAAGAACUUGUGUUUUGCAAUCGAUUAAACCAGGGAUACCGGUGCUUCAUCAAGAUUAUCUAUCCGAAGAAAGACUACUAGACACCAUCGUAAUUACCACAAUGAAAAUCCAAAACUGAAAUGAUCAAAUUGGUGGAAGUACAUCGAGUGAGCAAGACGCAAUGCUUGGCAGAUGCCACCUCAGGCAGUAAGGCAUGCAUCCGAAACGGGAAGUGGUAGCAAAACAACAAAAAGUGCAGAACCUGAGUUGGAGCAGAAAAUUUCAUUUUGAUGGCAAGUGAGGUACUUUUGUAGGCCUCGGAGUGUGAGAAUUGCAUAUUGAUCAGCCCAUGAAUCCCCGCCUGACGCAGUCC